CAAUCAUUGAUUAGAUUAUUAUUAAUCAGAAAACUUUGUAAAAGUUUUUAAUUUUACAAUUAAUUUACUCAUAAAAGUGGUCAUAGUUUGAGAGAUGUGUCGACGAGUUGUGUCCAAAGUGUUGCGAUCAGUCUUAGCGGUGAUAGUGAUGGCAGGGAUGGGCUGUUAUGGUAUGAGUUGUGUGGAUGAGAGCGGGACUGCCAUCGAUUGGUUCAUUGUCUACAAAAUGCCUAAACUUGAAAAGUCUUCAUCAAAAUCGCUGACAACUGGUUUCAGCUAUUCGUUUAUCACCGAUAAGUCCAUCAAGUCUUUGGACGACUGGACUCUUUCUGACAAACAGAUCAACGAAGAGGACUCCAUAUUCGGCCAAACCAUUGGUCCCCUCAUUAAGAAGUUGGCCAAGUCUUCAUCGGACGUGUCUUAUGUCGUAUACAACGAUCAAUCGCCAGAUUCUUCGACGUCAAGUGGCGCGCACUCGAAGGGCUUGUUUGCCAUCGACUCGAGCGGUGGCUUUUGGUUAAGACAUUCAGUGCCCAGAUUUCCAUCGCUUCACAAACCGUAUGACUUCCCCCACAACGCCAAACACAACGGACAGACGGCCCUCUGUAUCAGUCUGAGCGCCAAAGACACGCAAAGUAUCAAUAAUAUAGUCUUCCAGUUGUUGGUCAUGAGACCAAACAUCUAUGGCAGCGAUAUUCAGGACGCGUUGAUCGCCAAAUCGGAUCUAUGGCUUCAGUUGAAGAAUAAAAAGUGGUUUAAAAACGAGACUCAAAGCCAACUCUUGAUUCAGACUAAAAAUCGUCUGGUUUUGACGAGUUUUGCCAAAAGUAGUAAAUAUGAGAAAGACUUGUAUUCGGGACUAAUUGCUCCGCAUUUCAUGAAAGACCUAUUAGUGCAGAGUUGGCGUAACGGCGCCGGCGAGAAGUUGCCCUCAGAUUGUAAAGACACUUAUAAAGUGCAAAAUGUGGACAAAAUCCAGAUUCCGGAUCAGAGUGUCAAAGACAUCGAUUGGGAGUAUACUGAAGACCACUCCAAAUGGGGUAUCACUAGUGAUAAGGCAAAGGCUUACACUUGUAUUGCAGAUAUUAAUCGCAUGAAAUCCCAGUUUAAGAGAGGGGGCGGAGGAAUGUGUAUAUCUUCAGACAAAGUGUGGCACAUAUUCAUGAAAUCUAUUGAACAGAUCGAAGGCUGUCAGAAGAGCUAUUAUUCGCUAUGCAUUGACAACACUGUGUCCCGAUUUGCCUCCAAACUGGUCAGUCUAUACGUGGCCUCAUUCAAGAGGGACGAGUGGGAGAAGUAUAUCCAGGAGUUGACUGAUCACGAGGUGACAGUCGGCAACUUCACCAACUCGUUGCGAACGGUGGACAACAAUAUCGGACUUAUGAUCAAAAGUUUGGAUCACUCGCGAAGAGUGAACUCCGCCGACUGGUAUCUCGUCGAUGGAAACAAUAGAUAUGUCCAGAACUGGUCUAUAAUCUCAAUAAUCAUAAUCAUUAUCUCAUCGGUGGUUCAGGUGUUGUUCGUCAAGAAACUCUUUGACUCGAAAGACACAUUCAAAGGCAAACCUCGAGCUUAAGAGGUGUUCCAUGGGUUCAAAAGCGAUUGUUUAAUGUCUAACAUAUUUAUUGAAUGUUACGAAUGGACGCGAAAUUGUGACUCUUUUGUCAGUUGAUGUUUAUUUUGAUAAAACUUUUUAUAACUUAUAAUUGUUUGUAAUUUAUAUGAUUAUAUCAACUCUCAGACAUUCCGACACUUGUGUUGUUAACCUUAAUUGUUACCCAAAAAUCAAAAGCCAAUUGAAACUCAUAUUUCUUAAGAACUUAAAUUAUUUUUAUGAUUAAAGAUUAAAAACUGUUUUUAUC